AUGAGGAUAUAUUUGUCCACCAUUUCCUGUCUGUUUAAGAGUAAUCUUUUUAGAUCUUUUGAACAGAUUGCCCGCUAUUUAGACAGACACUUAAGUUUCAUUCCAUUAACUUUUAUUUUGGGCUUUUAUGUCAGUACCAUCAUAUCCAGAUGGACUGUGAUUUUCCGGAACAUGGGGUACAUUGAAAGUCAGGCCUUGUUUGUUAGCAAUUAUGUACAGGGCGACGAUGAAGUAACUCGACUUCAGCGUCGCGCUAUGGUUCGGUAUAUGUGUCUUUCGCAAGCCCUAGUCUUUCGAGACAUUUCUGUAGCGGUUCGAAAACGUUUUCCAACUUACGAUUCUUUAGUGAAAGCAGGUUUCAUGCUGGAACACGAAAAAGAAAAACUUCUCGGGUAUCAACUAAAUUAUGACAAGUACUGGGUGCCUAUUAACUGGUCGUAUAAUUUAUUUUUCGAGGCACGAAGAGCCGGUAAAAUUACAAGCGAUGUAAUGACAAAUAAAAUGUGCGAUGAACUCAAAGUUUUUCGUACCAAUCUUCAAAUGCUGUGUAACUACGACUGGGUGCCGCUACCAUUAGUGUACCCUCAAGUAAUCAUGCUCGCUGUGUAUUUCUAUUUUCUUGUUUGCCUAAUCAGUCGACAGUUUAUUUUAACCGGAGAAGAGGAAUUCGCAGAAAAAAGCAAUGUUGAUUUGGUUGUACCAGUAAUGACCAUAGUGGAAUUUGUGUUUUAUGUUGGUUGGAUGAAAGCGGCAGAAGUACUGUUAAAUCCAAUGGGGGAAGAUGACGAUGAUUUUGAGUGUAACUAUCUUCUCGAUAAGAAUCUAGCUACUUCUUUAUGCAUAGUUGAUGAAUGUCGGGCUGAUGCACCUCCGGUGGGAACUGAUCAGUUCUGGGAAAGUGGUCAAGUCGAACAGAUUUAUUCUAGGGCAUCUGCUGUAAUUCACCAACAUCCUCUAAUUGGUUCAGCUAUUCACGCCAGGUAA